AUGACAGAGGAGUUACAGAAACAGUCUGCUUCACAGAAAUAUAGGUGGAAGUUAAAAGAAAGUCCUGAAGUUCAUGCAGAUCAUCUCCGUCGAGAAAGGGCUCGUGAUUUAAAACGGAGAAAAAUAAUGAAAAAGAAAAUAGAGACUGAUGAAUAUUUGAAAAUACUGGCUAGAAUCAGAUCAAAAGAAAGAAUGCAGGCAACUAGAAAACGUCGUAAAGAAGAACAAGUUAAG